AUGCAAAUUUUCGUCAAAACUUUAACUGGUAAAACAAUCACUUUAGAAGUAGAAUCAUCAGAUACUAUUGAUAAUGUCAAAUCUAAAAUUCAAGAUAAAGAAGGUAUUCCACCAGAUCAACAAAGAUUGAUUUUUGCUGGUAAACAAUUAGAAGAUGGAAGAACUUUAAGUGAUUACAAUAUUCAAAAAGAAUCUACUUUACAUUUAGUCUUAAGAUUAAGAGGUGGUAUGCAAAUCUUCGUUAAAACAUUAACUGGUAAAACUAUCACCUUAGAAGUUGAAUCAUCUGACACCAUUGACAACGUUAAAUCCAAAAUUCAAGAUAAAGAAGGUAUUCCACCAGAUCAACAAAGAUUGAUUUUUGCUGGUAAACAAUUAGAAGAUGGAAGAACUUUAAGUGAUUACAAUAUUCAAAAAGAAUCUACUUUACAUUUAGUCUUAAGAUUAAGAGGUGGUAUGCAAAUCUUCGUUAAAACAUUAACUGGUAAAACUAUCACCUUAGAAGUUGAAUCAUCUGACACCAUUGACAACGUUAAAUCCAAAAUUCAAGAUAAAGAAGGUAUUCCACCAGAUCAACAAAGAUUGAUUUUUGCUGGUAAACAAUUAGAAGAUGGAAGAACUUUAAGUGAUUACAAUAUUCAAAAAGAAUCUACUUUACAUUUAGUCUUAAGAUUAAGAGGUGGUAUGCAAAUCUUCGUUAAAACAUUAACUGGUAAAACUAUCACCUUAGAAGUUGAAUCAUCUGACACCAUUGACAACGUUAAAUCCAAAAUUCAAGAUAAAGAAGGUAUUCCACCAGAUCAACAAAGAUUGAUUUUUGCUGGUAAACAAUUAGAAGAUGGAAGAACUUUAAGUGAUUACAAUAUUCAAAAAGAAUCUACUUUACAUUUAGUCUUAAGAUUAAGAGGUGGUAUGCAAAUCUUCGUUAAAACAUUAACUGGUAAAACUAUCACCUUAGAAGUUGAAUCAUCUGACACCAUUGACAACGUUAAAUCCAAAAUUCAAGAUAAAGAAGGUAUUCCACCAGAUCAACAAAGAUUGAUUUUUGCUGGUAAACAAUUAGAAGAUGGAAGAACUUUAAGUGAUUACAAUAUUCAAAAAGAAUCUACUUUACAUUUAGUUUUGAGAUUAAGAGGUGGUAUGCAAAUUUUCGUUAAAACCUUAACUGGUAAAACUAUCACCUUAGAAGUAGAAUCAUCAGACACCAUCGACAACGUUAAAUCAAAAAUUCAAGAUAAAGAAGGUAUUCCACCAGAUCAACAAAGAUUAAUUUUUGCUGGUAAACAAUUAGAAGAUGGAAGAACUUUAUCUGACUAUAACAUUCAAAAAGAAUCAACUUUACAUUUAGUUUUAAGAUUAAGAGGUGGUAUGCAAAUCUUCGUUAAAACUUUAACUGGUAAAACCAUCACAUUAGAAGUUGAAUCAUCAGACACCAUUGACAAUGUCAAAUCCAAAAUUCAAGAUAAAGAAGGUAUUCCACCAGAUCAACAAAGAUUAAUCUUCGCUGGUAAACAAUUAGAAGAUGGAAGAACUUUAUCUGACUACAACAUUCAAAAAGAAUCAACUUUACAUUUAGUCUUAAGAUUAAGAGGUGGUAUGCAAAUCUUCGUUAAAACCUUAACUGGUAAAACCAUUACCUUAGAAGUUGAAUCAUCAGACACCAUCGAUAACGUUAAAUCAAAAAUUCAAGAUAAAGAAGGUAUUCCACCAGAUCAACAAAGAUUAAUUUUCGCUGGUAAACAAUUAGAAGAUGGAAGAACUUUAUCUGACUAUAACAUCCAAAAAGAAUCUACUUUACAUUUAGUUUUAAGAUUAAGAGGUGGUCAAUAG